AUGGCAGAAUCUCCCACCACUUUCUCUGAUCCGAGGACAGAAAUGAGCGUCCUGGAAACCAACCAGUACUUGUGCUCCCAGCUGGAAAAAAACAAACAGAACUUCCGAGACCUCAUGGAGAAAUUCCUCACAUCCAAGGCUACUGCUUACAUCCUGGCCAACCAGCUGCAGAAAUACAAGAGUGAAGAGUACAAAGGCCUCAUCGAAUCCGUGCUGGAGGAAGAAGUACAGUUUGACAGGCAACUGGCAGAGAAGAUGAGACCAGCUACAAGGCUUGGGAAAUAUGAUCCCCUAAUUCAGGCUCAGGCACAAGAACUGACCCACUUACGACAGAGGAUACAGGAAGGGAAAGGUGUCUGUUAUCUUUUCAUUCAGCAUACAAAGAGCACGGUCAAGUCUUUUGAAGGCCUCCUCAGGAGCACUGACAUUGCCCGCUACCAGGGACAGAGAUUCUGUGAACAACUGGCCCAAGGAAGCCAGCUGGCAGAGAACCUUGCCAGCAAACUCACCACUGAAAAUUACAAUGAUAAGAAGGAUGAAGAUGGACAGGAGCCCCUGGCACCCAGGCUCUGCAGGGAGCUCCAGGAGGAAGAAGAGAAUGAAGUCUCAGAAGACUCACUAGAUGAACGGUAUUUGACUCAUUCCAGUCACUGUGACUCUCACCAGCCUCCCAGCAGCAGUGCUUUCCCCUCUGAUGUGCAGGAAGCCAGCUCUGUUGCAGAAGUCACCAGUGAGUACUCCCAUUAUAAAGAGAAUAAAACUCCACCAACACUGGAAAAAUGUGGAGAAUAA